GGCGCACAUCCAGUAGUGAGGCGCAGCCAUGUCGGGCCCGGCGCGCGCGCGCCUCUUUGUGACCAAUCUCGUGCCCGCCGCUCUCCUGCUGCUGUACUGGACCGUUCCACCUGUUACCGCGGUUGUUUGUAAUCGCACCGUGUGCCUGUGCGAUGGUUUCAAAGGAGACCGAGGUAACCCCGGGCCGCCUGGGCUGCAGGGGCAGCAGGGCGACUACGGCGAGGACGGACCCGAGGGCCGGGAGGGGCCCCCGGGGGAAAUCGGCGACAUGGGAGAGUCGGGAGACUACGGCGACAAAGGAGAAAGAGGCCUAAAGGGGCAUCGUGGUGCCCGCGGAUUUACCGGACAGCAGGGACCUCCCGGUCUAGAAGGCGUCAGAGGUGACUACGGUUUGGACGGAUGUAGCGGUAUUGACGGAUUGCCGGGUCCCACCGGUCCGCGAGGUGUUCCCGGUGGAUACGGUUUACCGGGGCCAUUUGGAGAUAAGGGCGAACAGGGAUUAGCCGGAGAAGGAGGUGUGAAUUCCAGAGGAGCCAAGGGAGAACCGGGCGAGCCCGGCCGACCGGGCAUGAUCGGCAUGUCGGGGCCGAUGGGAUUCAGAGGUGCGAUCGGUCCACCAGGGGAACAAGGAGAUAUGGGUCCUAUGGGAUUUAAAGGCGAAGUGGGAUAUAGAGGUGAUCCUGGAGAGGAUGUUCUCGGUCCACCUGGUGAAAAAGGAGAGCAAGGCCCAAUUGGAGAACCAGGAAAACCAGGAAAUGUGAUCUGGGUAGACCAUGUACAAGAAAAUAUCACAGUACUCGCCAAAGGCAAUAUGGGGGACAGAGGACCUAAAGGUCACCAGGGCGAAAAGGGUAAUCGAGGAGACACUGGAUCGGUUGGAGCACCUGGUCCGUUUGGAUUCAAUGGAGCCCAAGGAUAUAAGGGGGAUCAAGGAGAUGACGGACCUAGAGGAAAACCAGGGCGGCGCGGAGAACCAGGACCACAGGGACCUCCUGGUAACAAGGGAUUUCCCGGUUACACUGGGCCCGACGGGGAAGAUGGAAGAAAGGGCCCAAUAGGUGAAGACGGUCGGCCGGGAACUCCUGGAAAACAAGGAGCAGAAGGAGAACCUGGUCUUUACGAUGAAAGAUUAAAUGAGCCUCCAAUACCUGGCUCCAUGGGUCCACAAGGACCUAUAGGGUUCCCAGGAAGAAAAGGGCAACCCGGUAGAGAUGGAGCACGAGGCCUCCCGGGAAUUAUGGGUCCACCAGGCCCUACUGGGUUGGAUGGUGAUGCGGGCCCAAUGGGGCCAACGGGUAUUUCACCCAAGGGAGAGCCCGGAGAUGUAGGUUUUAAAGGGUUGCCAGGACCACAAGGACAAAAAGGAUCUCUUGGUUAUCCCGGUGUAAUUGGACCAAAAGGAUUUCAAGGGGACGAUAUUCGAGGUCCCAGUGGAGAAGAUGGGACUCCAGGACGUGACGGUCGACCUGGUUUACGGGGAGACAGAGGCGAAUUUGGAGCAAGAGGUCCGCCUGGCUAUCCGGGAAGAGGAGUCUACGGUGUAGGUCCUCCGGGUGAAGAUGGCCCGCCAGGUCGUCCCGGAUAUGCUGGAGAUCCUGGGACACCGGGACGUCCAGGUUUUCCAGGUCUAAAGGGAAUUAUGGGUGACAAUUGUCCGUUCUGUCCAUCAGGCUUACCUGGUACUAAGGGGCAGAAGGGUGAUGACGGUAUUCCCGGACAAAAAGGUUUCCCAGGAUAUGAAGGUACACCUGGCAACCGCGGACCAGUAGGAUUGUCAGGUUUUCCUGGAAGAAAAGGUUUAGAUGGUGUUAAAGGAAAUACAGGCCCAUCUGGAAUGGCAGGAAAACAAGGCCCUAAAGGUUUACCUGGGCAACUUAUAAGACCACCGUAUUCAUUGACUAAAGCAGAACAUGGGCCUACUGGAGCACCAGGUUACAUCGGGGAACCCGGUCUAACUGGAGAUCAAGGCUACCCGGGAUUACCAGGAAUAAUAGGUCAAAAGGGCUUAAGAGGCUUAGAAGGCGAGGAAGGUUUUCCCGGACUACCAGGAAGAAAUGGUUCUCGCGGUCGAGACGGAAUGCCGGGUCGACCAGGUGCACCAGCUAGUGUGAAUAUCAUAUUCCUUACCGGACAAAAGGGAGAUAAGGGAAUAAAAGGAGUGAGGGGUGAACCUGGUGAAGAUGGAUUGAAAGGAGAGUCUGGAGAUGCUUUAGGAAGCAACGCUAAUGCAAAAGGCGACCGCGGCGACAUCGGUCCACCCGGACCAUGGGGUCUAAAAGGAAUGAAAGGAGAAGAGGGAGAUGUUGGAUACGAUGGUCUCCCGGGUCCUCGCGGAGACCAAGGAAGACAAGGAAUAUCACCACCUGGUGAAAUGGGUGUUAGAGGAUUUAAGGGUGACAAAGGUGACAUAGGACCUUUCGGACAGCCCGGUAGCAGAGGGCCUCAGGGACCUGAUGGAAUAAGUGGGGCGAAGGGUAGGAAGGGAGCCCGGGGAGCAGCAGGUCUUCCAAUUUUAUACGGUGAAAGAGGUUCAGAUGGCAUCAGGGGAGAUAUUGGAGACUAUGGUCAACCAGGAUACGCAGGUCCCCCCGGUAGAGAAGGGCCGAUGGGUGACAAGGGAGUAUCCGGAGAACCAGGAGAUGAAGGGGCACCAGGAUUAGAGGGUCUUCGUGGUCGAAAAGGCAUACAAGGAAACAUUAUACCAGGACCACAAGGUAGACCAGGAGCCCCAGGUUUCAAUGGUGUAGACGGCGUUAUUGGUGACGCAGGAAUGCAAGGAGAACAUGGAGUACAAGGGGAAAUGGGCCCAACAGGAAUGAAGGGAGCAGAAGGACGUACUGGUCCUCGUGGUUGGAGUGGUGAACGAGGUGCUAUCGGCUUACAGGGAUAUCAAGGACAGAUGGGAAUACCAGGUUCACCCGGGCCGUUAGGAGAUCGUGGUGAUACAGGCUUUCCAGGCUUAAACGGAACUAUUGGAAGAGUUGGCCCCCCUGGGCCACGAGGAUUAAAAGGAGAAAUUGGAGAACCCGGUGAUAGGGGAAAUUCUGGUAUCCCCGGCUGGCCAGGUAAAAAGGGUGAACGAGGAGACCAAGGGUUCAUUGGUGCUCCAGGAGAAACCGGUGAAGAUGCUUUAAGUGGUGGAAAGGGUGAUGCCGGUGAAGCUGGCUUACCAGGAAGGGAUGGCGCGCCAGGAUUUGAUGGGCUUAAAGGACCAAAAGGUGAUCAAGGUGAUAUAGGCUUUAGUAUACCAGGUUUUAAUGGUACGAAAGGUAUGAUAGGUAUGAGGGGAAGGCCAGGUGCCAUCGGUAUUAAGGGAGAGUAUGGUUCAAUGGGUAUUUAUGGCGAAGAUGGUGCCAAAGGUGCUAAAGGUGAUGAGGGCUUCCCUGGAAGAUCAGGAAUACCAGGAGCAAACGGACGCAAAGGUGGCCAGGGAUACAGAGGUCCAUCAGGACUACCCGGCAAAAGCGGGGAUAAAGGUGAUAUGGGAGAAUCAGGAGAACCAGGACUAAUGGGCAUGCCUGGGUUGCCCGGAGACAUUGGGCCCAUAGGUUUUGAAGGUUACAAGGGAGAACCAGGUCCAAAAGGCAGAAAAGGUGAAAGGGGAAGGACUGUAAGAUUGCCGGCUACAAAAGGUGAUAUGGGUGACAUUGGUAUACAAGGCUUUCAAGGAAUAAUUGGAGACCAAGGAGAUGAAGGUUAUCCUGGAUUUAGAGGUAUUAAAGGAGAUCGAGGAGAGCAAGGCCUUCAGGGAGAAAUAGGAAUGUAUGGCGUUAGAGGAAUAAAAGGUAUUCGUGGCACUCAAGGACCACCAGGUUUACCUGGUCUUGAUGGGAUAAAUGCGGAACCAGGUGAACCAGGGAGAGACGGUAUUGACGGUUUACCAGGAUGGCCUGGAAAUAUGGGUCAAAAAGGCUUUCCAGGAGAAUUUGGAAUUGAUGGGCCGAUUGGACAACAGGGUCCCCCAGGGGUUACUUUCGAAGGACCAAAAGGCGUCACCGGAAUGCAAGGACGACAAGGCCGGCAAGGAACUCCAGGUACUCCAGGUAGACCGGGUAUGGAGGGCCAACCAGGUAUGAUGGGUGAAAAGGGUGAUGUAGGAGAGCCUGGAUAUGCUAUAAGCCCAAAGGGUGAAAGAGGCCCCAUUGGAUUUACAGGUAGGCCUGGUAUUAAAGGUGAAAAGGGGGAAAUUGGAGAAUCAGGUUAUGAUGGACGCCCAGGAUUACCAGGCGAUAAAGGUAUGAAAGGAUUUAAAGGAGACGAUGGUGAUCAAGGAAUUACAGGUCCACCUGGAUUAAAAGGAAUAAAAGGAGAUAUAGGUGACACAAUUUUGCCAGACAUAACGAUUGAUGGUGCACCUGGGGAUAUCGGUCCUGCUGGUUAUGACGGUCGUCCGGGUCGACCUGGCGCACCUGGACGUUUUGGAUUUGCUGGACUUCCUGGACCGAAAGGCUAUCCAGGAGACUACGGUGACGAAGGCCCGCCUGGUUUUGAAGGUGAACGUGGAGUAGAAGGCGUUAAAGGUUCUAGAGGUUUAACUGGCUAUGUAGGUCGUCCUGGUCUUUCUGGACCUCCAGGCCUACCAGCACCACCCCCACCGCCACCGAAAGCUAGAGGAUUCUAUAUUACAGUCCAUUCACAAAAUAGCAUGACUCCCAGUUGUCCGUCCGGAACAACGCCCUUAUGGAAUGGUUUCUCUCUGCUUCACAUCGUUGCUAAUGGCAAAGCACAUGGACAGGAUUUAGGUGCUGCUGGAAGCUGUCUACGCAAAUUUUCAACCAUGCCAUACAUGUUCUGCAAUUUAAACAACGUGUGCGACUUCGCCCAAAGGGAAGAUUACAGUUUUUGGCUUUCUACACCCGAGCCGAUGCCAAUGGCAAUGACUCCGAUUCAAGCUAGAGAUGUUGGAUCUUAUAUCUCCAGAUGUCAAGUUUGUGAAACACCGGCUAGAACUAUUGCUAUACAUAGUCAAAGCGAAUCCGUACCAAGUUGUCCAAAUGGAUGGGAGGAACUCUGGAUAGGAUAUAGUUUUCUAAUGCACGCGGCUGGACCGGAGGGCGCCGGCCAGAGCCUUAUAUCUCCGGGGUCCUGUCUCCGGGACUUCCGCACCAGGCCCUUCAUAGAGUGCAACGGCCUCGGCCGCUGCAAUUUCUUCGCCUCCGCCACCUCCUACUGGCUCUCCACCAUCGAUGACAACAGGAUGUUCUUGAAACCUGAGCAGCAAACUCUUAAAGCGGAUCAUGUAUCUAAAGUCAGCAGAUGUGCUGUAUGUAUGAGACGGCAGCCGACUCCGGGUCCCUCUGUGGAGUACAUACCGAGUGCGCAGGAGCGGCGGCCGCCACCGCAGUCGCGACCGCGCUUCCCUGGCCGCGCCGUCCGCCCGGGAACGCGGUACAACCGCGGAAGACGCCGUUACCGCACUAAUUCACAAUAAAAUAUGUGAUAAAUAAAUUAUUAUCUUUGCAGUAUAAAACGAUUUAACUUGUAAUAUUACCUCCUUAUAUAGUAGUCAAAAUAAAAACUAAAUCUAUACUUGAGCCACUGCCACAUGUUUUAAGAUUAUAAAAAUUAUAAUACUAUAAAAUUUAAUAUAAUGUUAAUAGUGUAAGUAUUUUAAAGUCUUUACAUAUAUCUAUUUGAAUUUGUAACAUGACCUAUUCAAGUAGAUAUAUUAAAAGAGUCUUAAAAAGUUUAAGUUUGUAAAUAAUGUCACAUUAUAGAAGAAUAAAGUUUAUUUUAGAACUUA